AUGGAGCUGGCCCCAACGCCGUCGUGGACAAGCUAAUAGGCAGGGCGAUGACGAGAGUCGGCGGCGUGGUUCCCCCGGGGGAGCCGCCUCCCGCCGUCGAGCACGCCCCGCCCGACCCGCGCCUGCCGGUGCUCGGCAACUUUGUGCAGAAGACGCUGAAGCUCAAGGCGGAGAAAUGGACGCGCCUGCUGGCCACCGAGGACCUGCGGAAGUGCGUCAUGGACUUCCUGGACAAGGCGGAGAACAUGCUGCUCAUCGUGAUGCAGAACAACGCGGCCCAGCUGCUGCCGUCGCUGGGCUUCCCCGUCAGCCUCAAGAGCAAGGCCGCCUUCUUCGUCAAGAAGCGGCGCGCCGUGGUGCCCAAGGAGAAGGAGGCCAUGCAGGACCUGCUAAUCAUCGGGGACAUGGCGACCCGCGCCAUCGAGCAGCUGGCCGCGCUCGUCGACGAGGUGGUGGUGCCGCUGCUGUCCAACCCGGGCAACCAGGCGGGCUGGCCGGCGGCCGUGGCGCAGGACGUGUGCCGGCACGUGCACAGCCUCCGCAGCACGGUGUGCCAGGUCCGCGGCCAGGUGGCGGGCCGCACCGUGCUGCCGCUGCCCGCCGGCGUGGAGCGCGUCCACCAGGCCGAGCGCGAGCUCAUGAGCAGCGGCGGCGAGGUGGUCGACCUGUACCUCAAGUCGGCCAUCGAGGGCGUCGUCAUCAAGUGGGCCACGCAGAUCAACGACGUCCUCAUGGAGGACUCGGGCGACGCGUUCAAGGGCGGCCACAACCCCACCCCGUCCGCAGAGGUCCACUUCUGGAACUCGCGUCUGCGCAACCUGGAGCACAUCUACGAGCAGCUGCGGGACGAGCGCGUGCGCAAGAUGGCCGUGAUCCUGGAGCGCACGGACAGCGCCUACUGGCCGUGCUUCAAGUCGCUGUUCCGCAACAUCGUGGCCGCGCUGGCUGAGGCCCGCGACAUGGCGCUGUACCUCAAGCCGCUCAUGAAGCACUGCCAGCUGCUGGAGGACACGGACUUCGCGGACGCCACGCCGCUGCUGCGGCCCCUGCUGCACACCGUGUGCCUGGUGUGGGCGCACUCGCGCUACUACUGCAACUCCAACCGGCUGGUGGUGCUGCUGCGCCAGAUCUGCAACCUGCUCAUCCAGCAGGCCAAGCGCUACCUCGACCCGUCCUCCAUCUUCCAGAGCGACGUGGACGAGGCCAAGCAGCGCGUGCAGCUGUCCAUCGCGACGCUCAAGACCUUCCGGCAGUACUUCGACGAGUACCGCGACAACAUCGCGUCCUUCUUCAAGGACCGCGAGCCCGUGCUGUGGACGUUUCACCCCAACGUGGUGUUUGCCCGACUGCAGCUGUUCGUGGACCGGCUGCACACCAUCCAGUGGUUCUUCGACACGGUGCUGGAGUUCCUCAAGCUGGAGAAGCUGGAGCUGGGCGGCCUCAAGGGCCGCGUGCUCAGCACCAAGAUCACGGCCGUGUCGCAGGAGUUCAACGAGCACUUCACCAUGUUCGCCAGCAAGAGCUACGACGUGCUGGACCCCGAGGACUCCGCCUUCCUCCAGGACUACAACGUGUUCCAGGGCCGCAUUUGGGACCUGGACCGCCGGCUGGCCGCCAUCCUGUGCCAGGCCUUCGACGAGUGCUACAACCUGGAGGCCGUCUUCAAGCUCAUCUACAUCGCGGGCUCGGUGCUGGACCGGCCGCUCAUCAAGGACGAGUUCACGGCCAAGUACAAGGACAUCAUCGUGAUGCUGCAGCGCGAGGUGGACACCGUCCAGAAGGUGUACGAGGCGCAGAUGGAGUGCGCGGCGCGCGGCCACAUGCCGGUGGACGAGCACAUGCCGCCGGUGGCCGGCGCGCUGCGCUGGAGCUACAUGCUGCGCCAGCGCCUCACCGCCCCCAUCAAGAGCUUCAAGAAGCUGGACCACCCGAUCACGCGCGGCGACGAGGCCGCCGAGAUCUUGAAGCAGUGCGACGGCAUCCUGGAGGACCUGGACAAGCUGGAGCGGUCCAUGGUGGACCGGUGGGCCGCCGAGGUGCCGGAGCAGUGCCGCCGCAACCUGGCCAGCUCCCUGUUGGCCCGCAACGACAAGACCUUCGAGUUGUCCCUCAACUUCCACCCGCAGCUGGCCGCUAUCCUGCGGGAGACGCACUACCUGCAGCAGAUGGCGCGCCAGGAGAUCCCCGAGGCCGCCAGCCAGCUGUACGAGCGCGGCGAGACGUUCCGGAAGUACACCAACAGCCUCAGCGUCACCAUCGAAUGGUACAACAAGGUGCGCCGCUGCACGCUGCCCGUGGAGUUCGACCUGGUGCGCGAGCUGGUCGAGGAGGUGGACGCGCUGGUGGCGCGCGGCCUCCAGGACGGUGAGCUGACGUGGAGCUCGAGCGGCCUGUGGGACUACAUCGAGCGGCUGCACGCGCUGGUGCACUCGCUGCAGAGCCGGGUGGCCACCUCGCAGGCCAACGUGAACCUGCUGAGGGCCGCCCUGGCUCCAGCCGCGCGCUCGCCCGUGUUCCAGCGCCCCAACAAGGACGCCCUGCUCGUCCUGGAGGAGCGGCAGGACCGCAAGGCCAAGAGGUACGCCGAGAUGAAGGCAGCCGGGGUGGAGAUCGGGCGCCUCGUGGCGGACAACAUGGCCCUGCUGGGCAUGACGGACGAGCAGAGCUCGGUGCGGUGGCGGAAGUACAUCGAGUACCUCGACGGGCUGGUGGGCCAGGCCGUGCUCAAGGCCGUGGGCUGCUCGCUCACCUACCUGGCCGACAACAUGGACGCCCAGGAGAAGCUGCCACCGCUGUUCGAGGCGCACCUGCACCUGCGCGAGCCGGACAUCGUGUUCGUGCCGGCCCUGGACCACUCGCCGCAGGGUUUCGCGUCCAUCGUCAAGGAGCUCAUCGCCGACGUCCUGGCCAUGGCGGGGCUCAUCCCUUGCGUCGGCGACCACGGCGACACGUACGAGGCUGAAAUCUGCGACAGCGACGACAUCAAGGAGAUGACCAAGGACAUGAUGGACGGCGUGGAGACGGUCAUCAGCCAGGCCAACGACUUCGUGCUGGGGCUGCAGGGCUACUCGUACCUGUGGCUGGACGAGCGCAAGGCGUACCUGGACAACUUCCUGACGUACAGCCGCCAGCUCACCAGCGAAGAGCACGACCUGCUGGCCCUCAUGGACCCCCUGGCGCCCACGCCGUCGCCCCCGAAGAUGGACCACUUCCGGGAACAGAUCGACAACUUCGAGGCGCUGCUGACCGAGGUGGAGGGGCUCGUGUCCGUCAAGACGUUCUGCUCCUGGUUCCAAGUGGACCUGAACCCGUUCAAGCAGGCCCUGGUCAACACCGUGUGCAAGUGGGGCGACAUGUUCAAGCAGCACCUCAUCAACAACGUGACCCUGAGCCUCGCCGACCUGGGCUCGUUCAUCCAGAAGGCGGACGAGGGCCUGCUGCAGCCCGUGGAGGAGGGCGACUACGACCGCCUGGUGUCCGUGAUGGGCUACCUGAUGAACGUCAAGACGCGCGCCGAGUCCACGGACGACAUGUUCGAGCCGCUGCGAGACACGAUCGCGCUGCUGCAGGGCUACGACCAGGAGCUGCCCGAGGAGGUGAACGUGCUGCUCAAGGAGCUGCCGGAGCAGUGGGAGAACACCAAGAAGAUCGCGCAGACCGUGAAGCAGCUGGUGGCGCCGCUGCAGGCCAUCGAGGUGGCCGCCGUGCGGCGCAGGAUCACGGCCUUCGACUCGCAGCAGACGCAGUACCGCGACUCGUUCCGACGGGCGCCGUACUUCAAGUACGAGUGCGAGGACCCCUACGGCCAGCUGGACGCGGCCAACGAACGCAUGGCGGAGUACGAGGCGGAGAUGCGGCGCAUCCAGGACUCCGGCUCGCUCUUCGAGGUGUCCAUCCCCGAGUUCAAGCAGCUGCGGCAGUGCCGCAAGGAGCUGCGCAUGCUCAAGCAGCUCUGGGACUACGUGUCCAUCGUGCGCACCAGCGUGGAGGACUGGAAGACCACGCCCUGGCGGAAGAUCGACGUCGAGAACAUGGACAUCGAGUGCAAGAAGUUCGCCAAGGAGAUUCGGGCCUUGGACAAGGAGAUGCGCUCCUGGGACACCUACACGUCCCUGGAGGCCACCGUCAAGAACAUGCUGACGUCCCUCAGGGCCGUGGGCGAGCUGCAGAACCCCGCCAUCCGGGAGCGCCACUGGCAGCAGCUCAUGAAGUCCACGAAGAGUUUACAGUCACUGCCGCCCAAGUACACCGUCCGCUUCGUGAUGGACGAGGGCACGACGCUGGCCGACCUGCUGGAGCUGAACCUGCACGAGUGCGAGGACGAGGUGAAGAACAUCGUGGACAAGGCCGUCAAGGAGAUGUCCAUGGAGAAGAUCCUGCGCGACCUGCACACCACCUGGGGCGCCAUGGAGCUGGAGCAGGAGGUGCACCAGCGGACUGGCACCACGCUGCUGCGGGCGUCCGAAGAGCUGGUCGAGACCCUCGAGGACAACCAGGUGCAGCUGCAGAACCUCAUCACGUCCAAGUUCGUGGCGCACUUCUUGAACGAGGUGUCCGAGUGGCAGCAGCGCCUCAGCGUGGCCGACCAGGUCAUCACGGUGUGGUUCGAGGUGCAGCGCACCUGGAUGCACCUGGAGAGCAUCUUCAUGAGCUCCGAGGACAUCCGCAAGCAGUUGCCGCAGGACUCGGCGCGCUUCGACCGCAUCGACACCGAGUUCAAGGUGCUGGUGACGGAGCUGGCGCGCACGCCGAACGUGGUGGAGGCCACCAACAAGCCGGGGCUGCCAGGCCGGCUGGACUGGCUGCAGAAGGAGCUGACGCUGUGCGAGAAGGCGCUGGCCGAGUACCUGGAGACCAAGCGGCUCGCCUUCCCGCGCUUCUACUUCGUGUCGUCGGCCGACCUCCUGGACGUGCUGAGCAACGGCAACCAGCCCGCGCUGGUGGCGCGCCACCUCACCAAGCUGUUCGACUCGCUGGCCAAGCUCAACUUCAUCAUGUCCGACGCCGGGGAGCCCGUCGGCGCGCUGGGCAUCUACGCCAAGGACGGCGAGUACGUGCCGCUGGAGACGCCCUGCGACUGCACCGGCCCCGUCGAAGUCUGGCUGAACCGCGUGCAGGCCUCCAUGCGCGGCUCCAUCAGGAACUUCUUCGCCGAGGGCGUGGUCGCCUACGAGGAGAAGCCCCGCGAGUCGUGGCUGUUCGACUACCCGGCCCAGGUGAGCCUGUGCGGCACGCAGAUCUGGUGGUGCACCGAGGUCAACAUGGCGUUCGGCCGGCUGGAGGAGGGCUACGAGAACGCGCUCAAGGACUACCAGAAGAAGCAGGUCACACAGCUCAGCACACUCAUCUCCCUGCUGCUGGGCGAGCUGAGCAAGCAGGACCGCCAGAAGAUCAUGACCAUCUGCACCAUCGACGUGCACUCCAGGGACGUGGUGGCCAAGCUGAUCCAGGCCAAGGUGGAGACGGCGGCGGCCUUCCAGUGGCAGAGCCAGCUGCGCCACCGCUGGGACGAGAAGGAGCGCGACUGCUUCGCCAACAUCUGCGACGCGCAGUUCGGCUACUCGCACGAGUACCUGGGCAACACGCCGCGGCUCGUCAUCACGCCGCUCACGGACCGCUGCUACAUCACGCUCACGCAGUCCCUGCAUCUGGUGAUGGGCGGUGGCCCCGCGGGCCCCGCCGGCACGGGCAAGACGGAGACGACCAAGGACUUGGGGCGCGCCCUGGGCAUCAUGGUGUACGUCUUCAACUGCUCCGAGCAGAUGGACUACAAGUCCUGCGGCAACAUCUACAAGGGCCUGGCCCAGACGGGAGCCUGGGGUUGCUUCGACGAGUUCAAUCGCAUCUCCGUGGAGGUGCUGUCCGUCGUGGCGGUGCAGGUCAAGUCCGUGCAGGACGCGAUCCGCGACAAGAAGGACGUGUUCAACUUCAUGGGGGAGACGAUCAACAUGGUGCCCACCGUGGGCAUCUUCAUCACCAUGAACCCGGGCUACGCUGGCCGCACGGAGCUGCCGGAGAACCUCAAGGCGCUCUUCAGGCCCUGUGCCAUGGUGGUGCCGGACUUUGAGCUCAUCUGCGAGAUCAUGUUGGUGGCCGAGGGCUUCCAGGAGGCGCGCAUCCUGGCCCGGAAGUUCAUUACGCUGUACACCCUGUGCAAAGAGCUGCUCUCCAAGCAGGACCACUACGACUGGGGCCUGCGCGCCAUCAAGUCCGUGCUCGUCGUGGCCGGCUCCCUCAAGCGCGGCGACCCGGGCAGGCCCGAGGAGGAGGUACUGAUGCGCGCGCUGCGGGACUUCAACAUCCCCAAGAUCGUGACGGACGACGUGCCCGUGUUCAUGGGGCUCAUCGGGGACCUGUUCCCCGCGCUGGACGUGCCCCGGAAGCGCGACAUGGACUUCGAGCGCACCGUGAAGCAGGCCGCCCUGGACCUGCUGCUGCAGCCCGAGGACAACUUCAUCCUCAAGGUGGUGCAGAUGGAGGAGCUGCUGGAGGUGCGACACUCCGUGUUCGUGGUGGGCAACGCGGGCGCGGGCAAGACGGAGGUGUGGAAGACGCUGUACCGCACCUACAUCAACAUGAAGCGCAAGCCCGUGUUCAACGACCUGAACCCCAAGGCCGUGACCAACGACGAGCUGUUCGGCAUCAUCAACCCCGCGACCCGCGAGUGGAAGGACGGCCUCUUCUCCGUCAUCAUGCGCGAGCAGGCGAACCUGGUGGGCGACCACCCCAAGUGGAUCGUCCUGGACGGCGACAUCGACCCGAUGUGGAUCGAGUCCCUCAACACCGUCAUGGACGACAACAAGGUGCUGACGCUGGCCUCCAACGAGCGCAUCGCCCUGUCCGCCACCAUGCGACUGCUGUUCGAGAUCUCGAACCUGCGCACCGCCACGCCCGCCACCGUGUCCAGGGCCGGCAUCCUCUACAUCAACGCGCAGGACCUCGGCUGGAACCCGUACGUGACGAGCUGGAUCGAAACGCGCACGUCCAACUCGGAGAAGGCCAACCUGCUCAUCCUGUUCGACAAGUACAUCCCGCCGUGCCUGGAGGCGCUGCGCACGCGGUUCAAGCGCAUCACGCCCAUCGUGGACAUGUGCCACGUGCAGAUGCUGUGCCACCUGCUGCGCUGCCUGCUCACGCCCGUCAACACGCCCUCGGACUGCAGCAAGGAGCUGCACGAGAUGUACUUCGUCUUCGCCUGCGUCUGGGCCUUCGGUGCCGCCAUGUUCCAGGACCAGGCGAUCGACUACCGCAUCGAGUUCUCCAAGUGGUGGGUGAACGAGUUCAAGACGGUCAAGUACCCGACGCAGGGCACCGUCUUCGACUACUUCAUCGACCCGGAGACCAAGCAGUGGGCGCCCUGGUCCGAGCGGGUGCCCAAGUUCGAGCUGGACCCCGACAUGCCUCUGCAGGCCGCGCUGGUGCACACGCCCGAGUCGACGCGCGUGCGCUUCUUCGCCGACAUGCUGAUGGAGCAGCGGGUGCCCGUGAUGCUGGUGGGGCCGGCGGGCUCCGGCAAGACGGUGCUCGUGGCCGAGAAGCUGGCCGCGCUCUCCGAGAACUACGCCGUCACCAACGUGCCCUUCAACUUCUACACCACCUCCGAGAUGCUGCAGAAGAUCCUGGAGAAGCCGCUGGAGAAGAAGGCGGGCCGCAACUACGGGCCGCCGGGCAACAAGACCCUGGUGUACUUCCUGGACGACAUGAACAUGCCCGAGGUGGACGCGUACGGCACCGUGCAGCCCCACACGCUCAUCCGGCAGCACAUCGACUACAGCCACUGGUACGACCGCACCAAGCUGACGCUCAAGGACAUCCACAACUGCCAGUACGUCUCGUGCAUGAACCCCACGGCGGGCAGCUUCACCAUCAACCCGCGGCUGCAGCGGCACUUCUGCGUGUUCGCCAUCAGCUUCCCCCACAACGAGUCGCUCAACUCGAUCUACUCGCAGAUCCUGUCGCAGCACUUCUCCAACCCGGAGUACCGCUUCCAUGCGUCCAUCGGCCGCCUCGUCAACGCCGUGGUCACCGCCUCGCUCGCCGUGCACCACAAGUGCUCGCAGGUGUUCCUGCCCACGGCGGUCAAGUUUCACUACAUCUUCAACCUGCGCGACCUGUCCAACGUGUUCCAAGGGCUGCUCUUCAGCACCAACGACUGCCUCACGCAGCCCACCGACCUGGUGCGCCUGUGGAUGCACGAGGCGCAGCGCGUGUACGGCGACAAGCUCACCGAGGAGAAGGACAUCGACGCCUUCUACAAGGUCCAGGUCGACGUGGUCAAGAAGAACUUUGACGAGCUGGACGAGGGCAUCAUCCUGGAGAAGCCCAACAUCUUCUGCCACUUCGCGCAGGGCAUCGGCGAGCCCAAGUACAUGCCCAUCUCGGACUGGACGGUCCUCAGCAAGCUGCUGCAGGAGGCGCUCAUGUCGUACAACGACCUGGUGGCCGCCAUGAACCUGGUCCUCUUCGAGGACGCCAUGAUGCACGUGUGCAGGAUCAACCGCAUCCUGGAGUCGCCGCGCGGCAGCGCCCUGCUGGUGGGGGUGGGCGGCAGCGGCAAGCAGUCCCUGGCCAGGCUGGCGGCCUUCAUCUCCAGCUUGGAGGUGGCCCAGGUGCAGCUGCGCAAGGGCUACGGCGUGUUCGACCUCAAGACCGAGCUGUCGGCGCUCUACAUGAAGUCCGGGCUCAAGAACGUGGGCAUCAUGUUCCUGAUGACGGACGCGCAAGUGGCCAACGAGCACUUCCUCGUGCUCAUAAACGACAUGCUGGCCUCGGGGGAGAUCCCGGACCUGUUCCCCGACGACGAGGUCGAGAACAUCAUCGCGGGCGUGCGCAACGAGGUGAAGGGCUCGGGGCAGCUGGACACGCGCGACAACUGCUGGAAGUUCUUCAUCGAGCGGGUGCGGCGCCAGCUCAAGGUGGUGCUCUGCUUCUCGCCCGUGGGCUCGGCCCUCCGCGUCCGCGCGCGCAAGUUCCCGUCCAUCAUCAACUGCACCGCCAUCAACUGGUUCCACGAGUGGCCGCAGGAGGCGCUCAUGUCCGUCUCGAAGCGCUUCUUGGAGGAGCUGCAGCCGCUGCCGGAGCCACUGCGCGACUCGGUGGCGCGGUUCAUGGCCUACGUGCACACGUCGGUGAACCAAGCCUCGCGCCAGUACCUGCAGUCCGACCGGCGCUACAACUACACCACGCCCAAGAGCUUCCUCGAGCAGAUCUCCCUCUACUCGCGGCUGCUCACCACCAAGAACGCCGAGCUGGCGGCCAAGGUGGCGCGACUGGAGAACGGUCUGGACAAGCUGCGCUCCACGGCGGCGCAGGUGGACGACCUGAAGGCCAAGCUGGCCGUGCAGGAGGUGGAGCUCAAGCAGAAGAACGAGGCGGCGGACGCGCUCAUCGAGAUCGUGGGCGUGGAGACGGAGAAGGUGUCGCGGGAGAAGGCCGUGGCCGACGAGGAGGAGUGCCGCGUGGCGGAGAUCGCCAAGGAGGUGGCCAAGAAGCAGCAGGACUGCGAGGAGGACCUCGCCAAGGCCGAGCCCGCGCUCGUGGCGGCGCAGGAGGCGCUGGACACCCUCAACAAGGCCAACCUCACGGAGCUCAAGUCGUUCGGCUCGCCGCCCGGGGCCGUCACCAACGUCACGUCCGCCGUCAUGGUGCUGCUCGCGCCCAACGGCAAGAUCCCCAAGGACCGCUCGUGGAAGGCCUCCAAGAUCGUCAUGGCCAAGGUCGACUCGUUCCUCGACUCGCUCAUCAACUACGACAAGGAGAACAUCCACCCCGAGAUCAUGAAGGCCAUCCAGCCCUACCUCAAGGACUCGGAGUUCGAGCCUGAGUUCGUGCGCUCCAAAUCGGCGGCAGCUGCAGGGCUGUGCGCGUGGGUCAUCAACAUCAUCCGCUUCUACGAGGUGUACUGCGACGUGGAGCCCAAGCGGCGUGCGCUGGCGGCGGCCAACGCCGAGCUAAACGCGGCGCAGGACAAGCUGGCCGUCAUCAAGCGCAAAGUCAUGUCCCUGGAAGAACAACUCGCCACGCUCACGGCGGACUUCGAGCGCGCCACCGCCGAGAAGCUGCACUGCCAGGAGCAGGCCGACGCCACCACCAGGACCAUCCAGCUGGCCAACCGGCUGGUCGGGGGGCUCGCCGCGGAGAAGGUCCGCUGGGCCGAGGCCGUGGCCGCCUUCAUGCAGCAGGGGACCACCCUGCCCGGGGACGUGCUGCUGGUGACGGCCUUCAUCUCGUACGUGGGCUGCUUCACCAAGCAGUACCGCCUGGACCUCGUCAACAAGAUGUGGCUGCCGUUCCUGCGGGUGCUCGAGCCGCCCAUCCCCAUCACGGAGGGCCUGGACCCGCUGACGCUGCUGACGGACGACGCGCAGGUGGCGCGUUGGAACAACGAGGGCCUCCCCAGCGACCGCAUGUCCACCGAGAACGCCACCAUCCUGUCCAACUCGGACCGCUGGCCGCUCAUGAUCGACCCGCAGCUGCAGGGCGUCAAGUGGAUCAAGCAGAAGUACGGCGACGUGCUGCAGGUGGUGCGGCUGGGCGCGCGCGGCGCCAUCGAGAGCCUCGAGCUGUGCGUGACGCGCGGCGCCAUCGUGCUGGUGGAGAACAUCGGCGAGAGCGUGGACCCCGUGCUGGACCCGCUGCUGGGCCGCAACCUCAUCAAGAAGGGCAAGGCCAUCAAGAUGGGCGACAAGGAGGUCGAGUACAACGACUCCUUCCGCCUCAUCCUGCACACCAAGCUGGCCAACCCGCACUACAAGCCCGAGAUGCAGGCGCAGACCACCCUCAUCAACUUCACCGUCACGCGGGACGGCCUGGAGGACCAGCUGCUCGCCGAGGUGGUCAAGGCGGAGCGGCCGGACCUGGAGGAGCUCAAGGCUGACCUGACGAAGCAGCAGAACGACUUCAAAAUCAUGCUCAAGACCCUGGAGGACGACCUGCUGUCUCGCUUGUCCUCGGCCGGCGGAAACAUCCUGGGCGACUCGGCCCUGGUCGAGAACCUGGAGACGACCAAGCGCACCGCGGCCGAGAUCGAGCAGAAGGUGGCCGAGGCCAAGAUCACGUCGGUCAAGAUCGACGAGGCCCGCGAGCACUACCGGCCCGCCGCGGCCCGGGCGUCGCUGCUCUAUUUCAUUCUCAACGAGCUCAACACCAUCAACCCCAUUUACCAGUUCUCGCUCAAGGCUUUCAGCGUCGUCUUCCAGAACGCCAUCGACAAGGCCGUUCCCUCCGACGUGGUGCACACGCGCGUGCUCAACCUCAUCGACUGCAUCACGUACUUCGUCUUCAUGUACACGUCCCGCGGCCUGUUCGAGUGCGACAAGCUCAUCUUCGCCUCGCAGAUGACGUUCCAGAUCCUGCUGGCGAGCGAGGAGAUCCAGCCGCAGGAGCUGGACUUCCUGCUGCGGUUCCCCAUCACGCCGCACGUGACGUCGCCCGUCGACUUCCUGUCCAACUCGUCGUGGGGAGGGGUGCGCUCCCUCAGCAGCAAGGACGAGUUCAGGAACUUCGACCGCGACAUCGAGACGUCGCCGAAGCGCUGGAAGAAGCUGGUGGAGUCGGAGUGCCCGGAGCGGGAGAAGUUCCCCCAAGAGUGGAAGAACAAGACGCCCCUGCAGAGGCUGUGCAUGAUGCGCGCCCUCAGGCCCGACAGGAUGAUGUACGCCGUGGCGGCCUUCAUCGAGGAGAAGCUCGGCGCCAAGUACGUGGAAGGGCGCGCCGUCGAGUUUGCCAGGUCGUUCGAAGAGACGAGCCCCUCCACCCCCAUCUUCUUCAUCCUGUCCCCGGGCGUGAACCCCCUCAAGGACGUGGAGUCCCUCGGGCGGAAGCUGGGCUACACGCUGAACAACGGCAACUUCCACAACGUGUCGCUGGGCCAGGGCCAGGAGGUGGUCGCCGAGGAGGCCAUGGACGUGGCCGCCACCAAGGGGCACUGGGUAGUGCUGCAGAACAUCCACCUGGUCAAGAAGUGGCUGCCCGCCUUGGAGAAGAAGCUGGAGGCGUACGCCGAAGGGUCGCACUCCAACUACAGGGUCUUCAUGUCCGCCGAGCCCGCCGCGUCGGCCGCCGCCCACAUCAUCCCACAGGGCAUCCUGGAGUCGUCCAUCAAGAUCACCAACGAGCCCCCCACGGGCAUGCAGGCUAAUUUGCACAAGGCUCUGGACAACUUCAACCAGGAGACCCUGGAGAUGUGCACCAAGGAGGCCGAGUUCAAGGCCAUCCUCUUCUCCCUGUGCUACUUCCACGCUGUGGUGGCGGAGCGUCGCAAGUUCGGGCCCCAGGGCUGGAACCGCGUGUACCCCUUCAACGUGGGCGACCUCAACAUCAGCGUGUCUGUGCUGUACAACUACCUGGAGGCCAACACCAAGGUCCCCUGGGAGGACCUGCGCUACCUGUUCGGUGAGAUCAUGUACGGGGGCCACAUCACGGACGACUGGGACCGGCGCCUGUGCAUCACGUACCUGGAGGAGCUGAUGCAGGCCGACCUGGUGGACGGCGAACUGAUGCUGGCGCCUGGCUUCCCCGCGCCGCCAAACACAGACUACCAGGGCUACCACAACUACAUCGACGAGGGCAUGCCCCCGGAGUCUCCCUACUUGUACGGCCUCCACCCCAACGCCGAGAUCGGCUUCCUCACCACGACCUCUGAGAAACUGUUCCGCACCGUGUUCGAGAUGCAGCCGCGCGACGCGGCGGCCGGCGGAGGCACCACCGUCACUCGGGAGGACAAGGUGAAGCAGCUCAUCGACGAGAUGCUGGAAAAACUGCCCGAGGAGUUCAACAUGCCUGAAAUCAUGAGCAAGGUGGAGGAGAGGACGCCGUACGUGAUCGUCGCCUUCCAGGAGUGCGAGCGCAUCAACACGCUCACGGGGGAGAUGAAGCGGUCCCUGCGCGAGCUGGACCUCGGCCUCAAGGGCGAGCUCACCAUCACGUCGGACAUGGAGGAGCUGGAGAGCGCGCUGUUCCUGGACCAGGUGCCCGCCACGUGGACGGCGCGCGCCUACCCGUCCCUGCUUGGGCUGUCCGCCUGGUUCGCGGACCUGCUGCUGCGGCUGCGGGAGCUGGAGACGUGGGCCACCGAUUUCGUGCUGCCGCCGUCUGUGUGGCUGGCGGGCUUCUUCAACCCGCAGUCCUUCCUCACGGCCAUCAUGCAGAGCACGGCGCGCAAGAACGAGCUGCCGCUGGACAAGAUGUGCCUCCAGUGCGACGUCACCAAGAAGAACAAGGAGGAGUUCACGAUGGCUCCGCGCGACGGCGCCUACGUGCACGGCCUGCUCAUGGAGGGCGCGCGCUGGGACGUGGCCACGGGGGUCAUCGCCGAUUCGCGCCUCAAGGAGCUGUUCCCCAGCAUGCCCGUCAUCAACAUCCGAGCCAUCACCCAGGACAAGCAGGACCCCCGCAACAUGUACGAGUGCCCCGUCUACAAGACGCGCACGCGCGGCCCGACCUACGUCUGGACAUUCAACCUCAAGAGCAAGGACAAGCCGGCCAAGUGGACUCUCGCAGGUGUGGCUCUCCUGCUGCAGAUCUAGAUCGUGAUCCACAGUACCCAGACAAAAGUCCGUUCACGCUUCAAGCCGAGUGCCAGGGGGAACUUUCAGGGUUUCCUGCUCCAGCCUACUGUAACAGGAAAAUACUCUACAAUAUUCUAUGAGUAUAUCUUCAUCCAACUUGGAAUUUUUUCAAGUAAUUAAAGAAAGACUGCUAGGGUUUAAGAAAG